AUGGCGCCUGCAGGAGACAGUCUCGCCGAGCCCAUAACGGUGGCCGGUCUCCGAGCUGAAGUCCUUGACGAGAAGCGAGCUUCUAUCUCUGCCGAGAAGAGAGCUUCUAUCGCCACCGACCCUCGUCCAGCCACUGCAGAUGCGGGAGCUGUUGCCCCCGCUGGUGGUGUCACACCAGAUGGUCAGUUCCCAACUGCUGAGGAACUAGACACUUUGCGCCGAGUCCCGAACAAGAUUCCCAUGAAGCUGUUCAGUAUCGCAUUUGUUGAGUUUUCUGUCAUGUUAACUCAGAAAGUCACCAACUUCAUUCAGCAGAAGCUCCCCGAAGGCUCGACCACGGGUGCUGACCCUGAACAGCCUGGCGCUCUCGGUAUGGGUCAGCGCGCCUCGACCGGAAUUACCACGUUCAACCAGUUCUGGCAAUACUUUAUGCCCCUUCUCGGUGCCUAUAUUGCUGACCAGUACUGGGGUCGUUAUAAGACCAUUAGCUGGGCUCUCGGAAUCGACAUUAUCGGCCACAUCAUCUUAAUCAUAUCCGCAAUCCCCCCUGUGAUCGGUAACCAAGGUGGUGCCCUUGGUGCCAUGAUCGUUGCUAUCAUAGUUAUCGGUUUUGGUACUGGCGGUUUCAAACCUAACGUCAAUCCUCUUAUUGUUGAGCAGCUCGGCGAGCAGUAUAUACAUGUGAAGACUCUCAAGUCUGGCGAGCGCGUCAUUGUCGACCCUGCUGUGACAAUCGAAAGGAUGGUAUUCGCAGAGAAGGAAGUCGGUUUCUGGCUAUCUUAUACACUCCCAACGUUCAUGCUCUGUCUGUGUCCGCUCGUAAUGUGGUUGAACCGCAACAAGUAUGAGCGAAGGCCUCCUGCCGGCUCCGUCCUGGGACAGGCACUUAAGACUUGGUUCCUCGCCCAGAAGGGUUGCUGGAGUAUUAAUCCUUUUGCAACUUGGAAGAAUCUUCACCGAGAUGACUUUUGGGAGAGAGUAAAGCCCUCGAACUUCAGUCAUGAGACGCGACCUAAAUGGAUGACCUUUGACGACGCCUGGGUCGACGAGCUCAGCCGAGGAUUCAAUGCAUGCGCUGUGUUCUGCUGGUACCCUAUUUUCUGGCUCUGCUAUAAUCAGAUCAACAAUAACCUUAUCUCCCAGGCGGCCGUGAUGCAGCGCCAUGGCGUUCCCAACGACAUUCUUUCGAAUCUCAAUCCUUUCGCACUUUUGAUAUUCAUUCCUCUUAAUGAUUUCUUCAUUUACCCUGCCCUCAGAAAAGCUGGCUUCCGCUUCACCCCCAUCAAGAAGAUCACGGCCGGUUUCUUCACCGGAGCUGCUGCCAUGAUCUGGGCUGCAGUUGUCCAGCACUACAUCUACCAGAAGUCCGAGUGCGGUAAGUAUGCUUCUGGUGAAGAUUGCGCAGCCGUGGAAAUCAAUGUUUGGGCUCAAACCGGUAGUUAUGUUCUCAUUGCUCUCUCUGAGGUGUUUGCAUCUAUUACUUCUCUUGAGUAUGCUUUCUCAAAGGCUCCCAAGAACAUGCGUUCCAUGGUCCAGGCCGUUGCUCUUUUCAUGACAGCGUUCUCUGCCGCCCUCGGACAGGCUCUCGUUGGUCUUGCGGCCGAUCCUCUUCUUGUUUGGAACUACGGCGUCGUCGCAAUCCUCGCCGUCAUUGCAGGAACUUGCUUCUGGCUGCAAUUCCGAAGCCUCGAUAUUCACGAAGAUGAUCUCAACGCUCUCCCUGAGGGCCAUGCUGGUGCCACUGCUGAUGAGGAGGCUCCGUUGGGGAACAAGCGAGUUGAUGAGUAA